AUGAGCUCCCUUCCCUCACCACUGGCGUCUUUUCGCUCGAUCCAGAGGUCCAACUCUGCCAACGAUAGCAUCUCAACGGGUUUGAGUACGCCUGUUUCUGGCUCGUCUUACUCUACAGCUUCUGAUGAAUUGAACGAAGAAGACGAAGCCAUGUUCAAAGAUAUCAAAGAAGUUCAACAUGCUUUAAAUCUUUUCCUCGACUCACAUAUUGCUGAAGCAGAGCAAAUGACCAUGCCCCGCGCCAAUUCGACGUUAUACUGGGGUCUCGCCAGCUCCUGCAUGACCUGCUUGAAGGCCAUGAUGACAUUCGCGCCGGACGAUAUUGAACUGUCUCUAUCCUAUCUCAAGCAAGGCGUCCAACUGGCAAGCGCAGCACGCAAGAAGGAUAUUGGAUUUUUAGAGAGUAUGACCAGCUGGGUGAAGGGUGGCAGUAGCAUUUCCGUGCUAUCAGCCAUGACCAUAUCACAACUGCAUGCGGAAUUAGUCUGGGCCGAAUCUCAUUUGCUCAAGGCUCUAGUUGCGGUGGUACACGAUGAAAGUUUCCUAUCAUUGAUUCGCGAAGGCAUCCAGGUUCGAAGCAGUUACGGUGUAUAUCGGUCUCUAUACAAGUAUAUGGAAUACCUCAAAGCAGAAAAAGCAGCAGGACGACCGGCUAGAGUGCUGGAUAGCCAUUUCGUAUCUGGCGUACAUUUCGGUCUCGGGUGCUUCAACUUGAUGCUUUCUAUUUUACCUACCUCAUUGCUCAAGCUUGUUGAAUUCAUCGGCUUUAGCAGCGAUAGAAAGUUUGGAUUAUCACUCUUGGAAUCUCAGGGUGGAUGGGAGUCGUUCCAUAAGGACCCUGAACAGCCACUACCAGAACAGACCGACGCUCGAAGUGGCCUUCGAAGACAAUUUUGCGACAUGGUCAUCAUUACAUACCACACUGUCAUAUCCACCUUUAUGCCUGUUCCGGAUGCCGACCCUAUUUUCAGUGAGCGUCUUAUUCAGUACAAUUUGACAAAGUAUCCAUCGGGCGUCUUUUUCCUUUACUUUUCCGGCCGAUCGCUCGCAGCGCGAGGACUACUGGACGAAGCCAUCUUACAGUUUAAGAAGACAAUUGAGAUUCAACGGGAAUGGCGACAGCUACAACACAUUUGCUAUUGGGAACUCGGCUUAUUGUUCUUGAUGAAAGGUGAAUGGGAAAGCGGUCAUGAAUGCUUUGAGAUACUGUCACAAGAAAGCAACUGGAGUAAGGCGACGUAUACCUACUUCUCUGCAACCGCUUUGUACGAUCAAGCACAAGAAAUGACCAACCAAGAAGAUAAGGAAAAAGCUAUGAAGAAAGUGGAGGCUCUGAUGAAGUCCAUUCCAAAAUUGACUAAAAAGAUCGCUGGCAAAUCGAUCCCCAUCGAGAAAUAUGUAGCACGUAAAUCUCGCAAGUUCACGGCACAAAACAAUAGAUUGCUCCUACCUUCCCUGGAAAUCCUGUCUCUACUUGUUGGCUUGGAUAUCUUGCCUAAGGACUUGCAACAAUAUCACCUCAACCGAAUUGAAGAUGCUUUGAAGAAUAUAGAUGUGACCGAAGCGCAAGAUAGUGACGAUUACUGCUUGGCAAACUGGCUACAGGCAUGCUGUGCGCGACGAUGCGAUCAGGUUGAGCUGGCUCAAAAGAGUUUGGCAGCUGUGUUCGAACACCAAAACAACAUUGCCUUGGAUCAUUUCAUCCCUUACUAUUCACACUAUGAAGCAGCACGACAGGCCAUUGCCGACAGUGAAUGGGUCAAAGCUAAGGAGGAACUCAAUUUCAUUAUCCAUGCCCAUGACCGUGGUUACGGUAUUGGAAAAGGUGCUGGCGCUAAAUCCAAGUACAGCAUGGAAAAUAUCCUGCUUCUCAAAUGCCACAGCUGUCUCCAUGAGAUAGACAUAAAGGAAGAAGAGGAAUUAGUAGCUAAUGUGGAAGAUCUCGAUUUAUAA